AUGUUAACAACUGCAAAUCAGCCAAGUCACUCGUUUGGGGAUGUUUCGCGUUCCGUUCCUGCUAUUGGUGGGGAUCAAGAUUCUGCUGUGAAUCCCGUAAAUGUGCUUGCAAAUCAAAUACAGCCUAUUCGUAUGAGUUCAUAUGCUGCAUGCCCUACCUAUACUGCCAGUUCAAGUUAUUUUGCUGCUUCUACUACCAGUAAUAAUGCACCUACCAGUAAUUGCAUGACUUAUUCUUGCACUGAUUUUGCUAGCAAUUUUAGUUCAAAUACAGAACCUCCAGUUUUUUCUGGUGAUGCUGGUGAAUACCAUGACUUUAUUGAUAUUUUUGAUACUGUUAUUGCUGCAAAAGUGCAGAAUGCAAAACAAAGAUUUGUUUAUUUGUUACAAUACACGAGAGGCACUGCUCGUGCUUUUGUAAAAGAGUGCCAACAUAAAGGUCCAGCAUGCUAUGAUGAGGCAUUGAAAUUACUCGCAGAAACUUAUGGCCAUCAAUUGCAAAUUGAACAGGCAUGUUUGAAUUCUAUUGUAGAAGGCCCGCAACUUAGAACCAAUGACAUGGAAGCUCUAACAAUGUUUGCUGCUGAAUUAAUUGCAUGUGAAAAUACAUUAAAGGGCAUUAAAAAUAAAGGUCUGUCUUUGAUGAUUAUUGAUAAAAUAUCGUGGAGAAUGUCAUCAGUUUGGAGGCCAGGUUGGCGAACUUUGGUGGAUGAUACUCUUCAUGUGAAAGAAAGGGACUUGAGCUUAACACAUCUCGUGUCAUAUGUGCGUAAGAAAACGAAGGAAUUGUCAAACCUUUUUAAUCAUGAAUCAAAUAAUGUUCAAAAAAUCAGAGAAAUUGCAAAUAAACCAAUGAAACAACCCAAAUCAUAUUUUACUACAACUGUCUCCGCUGCUGACAAACCAAUUCCUAAAUGUUUCAAAUGCAGUGGCAGUCAUUUCCUGAAUCACUGUCAAGAGUUUAGAAAUAUGAAACAUGUGGACAGAGAGAAAUUUGUAAGGGAUUUGAAAUUGUGUUUUUCUUGUCUACAAAAGGGGCACUGGUCAAGACAGUGCAGACGCGAGAACCCAUGCAGAGUUCCGAAUUGUAAGCGAAAGCAUACUACGCUUUUGCACCCCCCAGAUAAUGUAAAUGCGGAUGAGCAAUCUGAGCAACGUAAGCCUGCUAAUGAUGCUGCUGUAUCAAAAAAUACUAAUGAAAACAAAGAAGAAUAUAAAUUUAGUGCGUUUGUGAAUUCUGUCAGUGAAACAGGAGUUUUAUUAAACGUAAUUCCAGUCAAGGUACGUGUGAAGGGACAGAAUGAUGUUGUGUUAACAAAUGCCUUUUUCGACACUGGCUCAACAUGUUCUUUUAUAAGUGAAGCACUCAUGCAAAGAUUGAAUGCCACCGGUCAGGAAACAAAUUUAAAUAUUCAUACUAUUUCAAAUGUGACUGAACAAAAGAAAAGCUCUGUUAUUAACGACAUUGAGCUAUCCCAUUUUGAUGAAUCUGAUUUUAUUGCAUUGGGUCAACUAUUUUCUAAUAAAUGCAUCGAUAUUGAUGUUCCAAAUAUUCCAACACAGAAGGAUGUGGAUCAGUUUCACGAAUUCAAGGAUGUGGUAAUUCCUAGGCUAAAUCAAGAAGUUGGCUCGUUAAUAGGAAAAGAUAAUUUUGCUUUACAUAAGCCAUUGGAAAUUAUACACGGGCCAGAUGAAUAUUUUGCUGUGAGAUGCCCUGCUGGAUGGAUGAUAAGCUGUCCUCCCAAAAAUGAGAAAAUGGAAAGAUCAAAUUCCAGCUUUUUCAUCAAAUCUAGUGUGCACCCACUCUGUAUAAUGUGCACUGGAGUUGUCGACUCCAUACAAAACGAAAAACCCAGAAUUUUCCCCUAA